GUCAAAGGUCACUCUAAAUAACAAGAUGGUUGCGUUAACUGGUAAAAAUGGGACCGUUUCGAUAAACGGUAAAAUAAACGGAAUUAAUGGGAAAUCAAACGGUUUCCAUAAGAAUGGAAUUUCACACAAGGAUGGUGGAGCUAAGGUGGACGACUGGAAGGCCAAUUACUGGGAGUCGUUUGAGGAGACUCCCCUUCUGGCGGCCAUCAGCACAUACAUUUGUUACGGGCUCUUAGUUCUCAUUGGUCACAUAAGGGACUUUCUAAACAAUAUUGGGUUCCUCAAAGUCAACGCCUGUCUAGAACCAAAGAUACCAGGUUUUGUUCCACUUUUCUCCACCUGGGAGAGUUUCUACACGAGGCAUGUGUUUCGUCGUGUGUCGGAUGUUCUUGGCGUGCCCGUUGUCAGCUGCCCGUCUGCAAGAAUGAAUAUCAUACGGAGAAUCACUCAUGACUAUGGAUGGAGUUAUGAGGUGCCUAAGGAGCGGUUUCCCGUGUUAAACAUGGGUUCUUACAACUAUCUGGGGUUCUCCAACACCACGGGGCCAUGUGCCGAUGCUGUCACCGAGGCAACACGAAAAUACGGCAUCAUCUCUUACAACAGUCGGCAGGAACUAGGGACCCUGGAUAUCCAUCGAGACCUAGAUGAGCUGGUAGCAGAGUUCCUGGGAACUGAGGCAGCCAUCACUGUACCCAUGGGGUUCGCUACCAACUCCAUGAACAUGCCCUGUCUUGUCUCCAAGGGCUGCUUGAUUCUGAGUGAUGAGCUGAACCACGCAUCUCUCGUGCUUGGCAGCCGGUUAACAGGCGCAACCAUCAAGACAUUCAAACACAAUAACAUGGAAAACCUGGAGAAGCGUUUACGGGAGGCGGUGAUCCACGGCCAACCCCGCACACAUCGACCAUGGAAGAAGAUACUCAUUGUUGUCGAAGGCGUAUACAGUAUGGAAGGAUCAAUAGUGUGUCUACCAGAACUGAUUCGACUCAAGAAGAAGUACAAGGCAUACAUGUACCUUGACGAGGCACACAGCGUUGGGGCGAUGGGGCCGCAUGGACGUGGGGUAGUCGACUACUUCGGACUCAACCCACGGGACAUUGACAUCAUGAUGGGGACCUUCACAAAGAGUUUUGGGGCUGCUGGGGGCUACAUCGGUGGAUCAAAGGCAUUGAUAAAUCACCUACGUCUUACAUCACACAUGUCAGUGUACUCGCCAGCAACCCAGCCCCCUGUGGUACAGCAGGUGCUCUCCUCAAUGAAGAUCAUUAUGGGCAAGGACGGCACACUUGAAGGCAAGCGUCGCAUUCAGCAGUUAAAAUGGAAUUGUCGAUACUUCCGACGCAAUCUUCAUGAGCGAGGCUACAUAAUAUACGGAAACAAGGAUUCACCAGUCGUGCCAUUACUCAUCUUUAUGCCAACAAAGAUGGCAGCAUUUAGUCGGGAGUGUAUAAGACGUGGACUUGGUGUAACUGUCGUUGGUUUUCCGGCUACACCCCUCUCAAAGACUCGGGCCCGAUUCUGUCUUUCCGCUGCACACACCAAGGAAGAUAUUGAUGAAGCGUUGAAGACAAUUGACACGGUUGGCGACCUGCUUCGUCUGCGUUACGCCCGUUCGCCCGUCCCAGACUUCAGUGAAAAGGAAAUUGAUCUCAUACCUUAAACAAUCAUCACAUCACAGACCUUUUUGAUAGUAAUCCAUGGUCGACUAGAUUCUGUAUGUGAGCUCAGCCAAAUAGAUACUCCUGUAGGAGAGGGGAGAAUUAUGGAUCUGAAGCAUAUACUGUGUACUCCAGAAGAAACUCCCACUUUCCUUGUUACUCUGCAGAUUUUUGUCAUCGUGACCAUGUAUUCAACAUACGUCCAAUUUCGUGUACUUUUCACAAGGACUUGGUCAAAAAUAUUUAUAAAGGUAUCCGAAAACUAGUGCAGACCUUUGAAAGGUCAUAUUUGUACAGAAAUCUGUAACACAUACAUGGCUAUUGAUCUUUACCAAAUUUUCCAGCAAGACCAGGCAGAUGAUGAUUUACAUGGAAACCAAUUGGUAUUCCUUACUGUAAAACAAAUUAAUGUUUUGUUCAUAAUAUAUAAUACAUUGAAAUUUAAAGGCCAGUUGCCUCAUUAGCUAUGCUUGACUUUUUGUACCAGUAAAAUAUGCUUGUCGCGAUUAAUAUGUAAACCAUAAAGUCGUGUAUUUUAUACUUCCUAUUAAUGUCACAGACUGGCAGCCAUUUAAGAAGUUGUUGUUCUGUAAAGAAGAAAUGGAAAGAAAAAGAAUUAUAUGGGACUAUGGCUCUAUUUUUCCAUCCAGCAUGGUCACACUACUUUUUAUAGAGAAUGAAUCUCUUAAAAGAUCAUUAAACAACUAAAGAAUUUACCAACAAUUGUUUUCUUAAGAAAGUAUAACAUUCAGACAUACAGGUAAAAGUUUUGGAUGUGAAAAAGAUCUGUUAGGGCUAUUCCAGUAAAACAUAUAACCCACG